GCGCGGCGGAGGUCGUGCCGGCAGCCGGGCCCAUGGAGCGGGGUGCGGCGGCGCCUGUGUGGCGGCUCCGCGCCGGCGGCGGCCACCGGGACCGCGACCGGGCUCACCCUCCGCCGCCGCGGGAGGAGGAGGGGGACGACGACGACGGUGGCGGAGACACGGGCGGGAAGAAGCGUGGCGGGUCGCGGCGGCGGCGGCGGCUGGUGGUGCCGCUGUCCGAGGGCCGGGGGGCGCCGGCGGUGCUGCUGUACCUGCUGGGGCUGCGGGCGCUGGUGCAGCUCUCGCACCGGCAGCUGCUCAGCCAGCCCUCCCCCGCCGGUCCCCGCGACUUCAGCGCCCCCCGCGCCAGGGGCUAUCUUGACAACAUAACAGCAAUUGGGCCCAGAACAGUUGGAAGUCCAGAAAAUGAAGUUCUUGCAGUUAACUACCUCUUAGAACAAAUUAGGGCAAUAGAAAGAGAAAGCACAGAUGCUCACAAGUUAUCCGUAGACAUACAGAGGCCCACAGGCUCCUUCAGCAUUGACUUUUUAGGAGGCUUUACUAGUUACUAUGCAAACAUAACCAAUGUUGUAGUGAAGCUGGAACCACGAAACGGAGCUGAGCAUGCAGUGUUAUCCAAUUGUCACUUUGAUUCCGUACCAAAUACCCCGGGUGCCAGCGAUGAUGCUGUUAGCUGUGCAGUCAUGCUUGAAAUACUCAACACGCUUUCAAAAUCAUCAGAGCCCCUGCAGCAUGCUGUCAUAUUUUUAUUUAAUGGCGCAGAAGAAAAUAUCUUGCAGGCUAGUCACGGCUUCAUUACACAACAUGAGUGGGCCAAGUCAAUUAGAGCUUUUAUUAACCUGGAGGCAGCAGGUGUAGGAGGAAAAGAACUUGUUUUUCAAACAGGACCUGAGAAUCCUUGGUUGGUGCAAGCUUAUGUAGUUGCAGCCAAACAUCCCUUUGCCUCUGUGGUGGCACAGGAGAUAUUUCAGAGUGGUAUUAUCCCAGCAGAUACAGACUUCCGUAUCUACAGGGACUUCGGCAAUGUUCCAGGAAUAGAUUUGGCUUUUAUUGAGAAUGGCUACAUUUAUCAUACAGAAUACGACACAUCAGACAGAAUUUUAACAGAUUCCAUUCAGAGAGCAGGUGACAAUAUUCUAGCUGUACUAAAAUACCUAGCAACAUCAGAUAAGUUGGCUAAAUCUUCUGAGUAUCGACACGGAAAUGUUGUGUUCUUUGAUGUACUUGGUUUAUUUGUCCUGGCUUAUCCUGCCCGUGUUGGCACCAUCAUGAACUACGUAACAGCAGCAAUUGCUUUUCUUUACUUAGGCAAGAAAGUAUUACAGCCCAAAACCAGAGCUGUUCAAAACCUGAAGAGAUUAUUUACUGCGUUUGGCCUAACGCUGUUGGGCUGGGUCUGCACGCUGGUGGCAGUCCUUAUAGUGGCAGUGUUUGUCUCCGCCAUCGGACGGUCUCUGUCUUGGUACAGCCAUUUCUACGUGUCCGUGUUUCUGUACGGCACUGCGGCUGCAGCUCAGCUCAUUCUUGUGCACACACUAGCCAAGAAGUUUUUCUACAAGAAUGUGAAUGAGCAGUACCUGGGAGAUAUUUUUUUUGAUGCCUCAUUGAUGAUUUGGUCUAUAGCAUUGGCUGUGAUUACUCAGAUAGGCCUUUGUUCAGCAUUCAUUUGUACACUAUGGGUCGCAUUUCCUUUACUCACUAAGCUGAUGAUCCAUAAAGAAUUCAGCCAAAAAGGUGCCACCAUGAAGUUUGUCAUGAUGUACAUGCUGGGAAUGUUUGUUCCCUAUCUGUAUAUGAUGUAUCUUAGUUGGACUGUAUUUGAGAUGUUUACUCCUAUCAUGGGACGAAGUGGUUCAGAAAUUCUACCAGAUGUGGUGCUGGCAGGAUUUAUUGUUGUCAUCACUAUGAUACUGUCAUCCUAUUUUAUUAACUUCGUUUACCUUGUCAAAAGUACAAAAACGACGCUAAUAACUUUAACUGCUGUGUUUGUAGUCACUCUGGUUCUGGUUUGUAGUGGAAUCUUCUUUCCUUACAGUUCUGAUGCAGCUAACCCAAAACCUAAACGAGUCUUUCUCCAGCAUACGAGCAGGAGAUUUCAUGAUCUAGAUGGAAACGUGAUUAAAAGUGACUCUGGUAUAUGGAUUAAUGGAUUUGAUUAUAACGGAAUAUCUCACAUAACGCCGCAUGUCCCUGAAAUCAAUGACACCAUUAGGACUCCGUGCGAUGAGCAGGCUCCUUUCUGUGGCCUCCCUUGGAUCCUGCCAGUGCAUUUCAUGUUCCGGAAAAACUGGUAUCUUCCUGCUCCAGAAAUUUUUCCAAGAAGCCCCAUUCACUUUAAAGUUCUGUCAAAGGAGUUGAUGCCCUGGGACAAUGUGAGGUUAAGCUUUGAAGUAUCUGGUCCAAGUCACAUGUCUCUGUAUGUCCGGCCGCACGAAGGGUCGGCUCUGUCCAGCUGGUCCCUCGGGGACGGCACGCCGGUGGCUAGCUUAGGAGGAGACUACUUUGUGUUCUACUCCCACGGGCUGCAGGCUGCGCCAUGGCGCUUCUGGAUAGAGCUGACGGCCCCUGAAAAGCAUUCUGAUGGAAUAGUCUCCCUCGCCGUAGCAGCACAUUACUUUUUUGGGGAAGAUCAAAAGUCACCUCAGCUCUCUGCCUUACUGGAAAGUUUUCCAAACUGGACAUUUUCUUCUGGUUGGUCCUGCACUUACGACCUUUUUGUCUUUUAACGUCGACAGCACGGCUGUGCCAGUAGGGUGAUCUCUCUGACACAGCAUGCUGUUGUAGCAGACACAUUCUAACAAGACACCAGAGACUAUAACAAGAAUUUUAAGUACUUUUGGUGACAAAUGGUGGUUUUUGGCAGUUUGACUACUUGAAGCAUACUGCUCUCUUGGGGAUAUAGUGAUAUAUGGUGUCAAUGUGAAUACAGUUCACCUUGUUUUCUUCCGCUGAAAUGGCAGUUUGAUUAGUGGGUUUCUUAAAAUGAGAACUGCAUUUGAGGAGGUGUCAUUCGCAUAACGUGACGGCAACUGUGGUGAAAGGGCCUCGUGAAAUUAUUUUUGUAUUAUGUAAAAUAUAACCAUACUUUGCACACACGUGGGGUUUACUGCCUACCAAUCCUGUCCGUCCUUUUGAAGUAAGACCUUCAGCUAAAAGAUGCUUGUUCACAUGGGGGGGGUAGUGCUGGCAAAGCUGCAAACAUUACUUUUGUCACUGAAGACUAUGAUGCUUGUGUAGGUUGCAUUUACAGUCCUUGGCAAAUGCACAAUGCAGAAAAAUUGAUAUUAUGAUGGAAUGUGGUAAUUAUUUAUCUAGAUUAUUGUCUCCAAAUAAUACAUCUCCGAUAAAAACUUCAGUUCCUACCCUUUUGCCUCUAUCUUCAGUGUUACAACUUGAGUGGGUAAGUUUGACCUGUCAUCUUUUGGUUUUAUUUCUGUUGGGAUCUUUCAGUAUCAGUAUAUAAGCAUGUCACUUGCUCUCUUGUAUGUAAGAGGGCUAAGUCCCCACUCCCUCAUGUGGAUGUCUUAUUAUUAACCUACUCUAAAUUUAAAGUUAUCUUCUAAUUUAUUAGAAUUGGCUAGUUUUUGGUAUCUCCUCUGGAGAGACUUUUGGUAGUGUGACAGUAUUGCACUUUGCUAAUACAUUUAACCAUUUCUUAAAAUACGGUUUGCUUUCCAUAAGGAAAAAUACCAAGAAGAGUCAUCUUUAAAAAGAUGUCUAAUAUGUCUGGAUUGCUCUUGUUUUAAUUCCACAGGAUGGGUUUUAUAAAUGACUGUGAGUGACUUAGAAUGUUGUCCAGUUUUAAUUGACAAGCUUUGAGUUCAGAAACCACUGGUCUCUUUGGUUUUUUAAAUACUCCCAGGUUUUUUUCAGCGCAGUGUAAUAGUUAGUGUUACUUUCUGAAAUUCAAAGAACUUUGUGUACCUGAAGUAACAACUUCUUGCUUUUUUCCAAACUAUACAUAAAACAUUCUGUGACAUCACUGCCAUGUUACAAAUUGUGCUAAUUAGUAUUUUGUUCAUCUCAUGAGUAUUGCCAAAUCUCAUGCAAAGCAGAUUUUUGCAUGCAUCAUCAUUUUGAGUACUGGGAAGUUUACAGGACAUGUGAAAGAAAAUUUUGUAAGACUGUGUGAGCUGCAAUGGACAGCAGCUCCUGGAUCAGCUGUUUUUCCUUCAAAUUGUUCUGCAGUGGUGUAUGCUAGUGGCAAGAACCAGUUUUAUUUGUUAUGAUAUACAUUCGUGAAGAUUGCAAACCGACUCAUGGACUAGGGAAGGAGGUUUAAUUACUGUAAUCAUAAUGAACUGGCCAUAAACCUUAAGACCAAUAGUCUUUCUACAUUAACAUGUGCAUUAAUCAUCACUCGAUUGUAUCUGAUUUGAAACUACAAUCCCUAUAUUAUGCAUUUAUUAUUUUUUUAAGAAGUACUAUUAAUGAUUUGAAAAAGAGUUUUAUUUCAUAACUCCUGUGUCUUGAAUAUCAAUAAAUGUUUUGUACUGUACUCUAGCUGAUGCACAGCUAGUUAGCUGAAGCUGCACUGAUAUUUCCCAUGUUCCUCAGUUUUGAUUUUUAUCUUGUGUGUUGCCUCUGAUUUAAAGCUUUGAAAAAGUGCUGCGUGAAGAAUUUGUACUGGGAGCCAAAAAAAUAAAAAUGCCUGUCAGCAAUUUCUGCAACUUCAGUGAAGCAAUAACUUUUGCUAACUCAGGAUGUAGCCUUUAUUAAAUAAUUUAAUUAUGAGGGAUGUCUAGUUUGUUGUAAAUUUCUAUCUUUGUAAAUAAAGUGAAACUUAAUCAGUGAAACCCAAUUUUCAGCAUGAUUAAAGGCAUAUUUGAGUUGGUUUUA